CCCUCAACGUAUCUUUCCAUCCAGCAGUCGGUAAGACAUUCCUCUGCUUUGGAGCAGCAGAAAUGGAGGAGGCGAUGGAGGUAGAAGUGGAGCAUCCAAAUCCAAAUCCAAAUCCAAAUCCAAAUUGCGCAAAGCGAUUUGGACUCAAGAGCUGCUUCCAAACAAACUUCGGCGACGACUACGUUUUCCAAAUCGUCCCAAAGGCUGACUGCUCUACAAUGGCGGUUUCGUUAUCCACCUACGCCGUCAAGCUCUACUCUCCGCUGACCGGUCAAUACCAAGGAGAAUGUAAAGGUCACUACGACACUAUAAAUCAAAUUGCUUUCUCUGCUUCAUCCUCCCCGCACGUGUUGCAUUCCUGCUCUUCUGAUGGUACCAUGAGAGCUUGGGACACUAGAACCUUCCGUCAGGUUUCCUGCAUUACUGCUGCUGCUUCUCAAGAGAUAUUCAGCUUCUCGUUUGGAGGCUCUACUGAUAAUCUUCUUGCUGCUGGUUCUAAAUCUCAGAUACUCUUCUGGGAUUGGAGGAAUAAGAAACAGGUCGCAUGUCUGGAAGAAUCACACACCGAUGAUGUUACUCAGGUGCAUUUUGUACCUGGGCACGGAAACAAGCUUCUUUCUGCCUCUGUAGAUGGGCUGAUGUGUAUAUUUGAUACUAAUGGGGAUAUCAACGAUGAUGAUCAUCUGGAAUCAGUAAUUAAUGUAGGAACUUCAGUUGGUAAGGUGGGAUUUUUUGGAGAGAACUAUCAAAAGCUAUGGUGUUUGACACAUAUCGAAAGUUUAAGCAUUUGGGACUGGGAGGAUGCAAGAAAUGAAGCAAACUUGCAGGAAGCUCGCUCAAUGGCGUCUAAAAAUUGGGCAUUAGAUCAUAUUGAUUAUUUUGUCGAUUGCCAUUACCCUGGAGAAGGUGAAAGUUUAUGGGUGAUUGGUGGGACUAAUGCUGGUGCUCUAGGUUACUUCCCUGUAAAUUAUAGAGGAGGGGCCGCAGCAAUUGGAUCUCCAGAAGCAAUCCUUGAGGGUGGCCAUUCAGGCGUUGUGAGGAGUAUAUUGCCCCUGUCAAGCUUGAAGGGUGGACCUGCUCAGAGCCAAGGAAUUUUUGGAUGGACAGGUGGUGAAGAUGGUCGCUUGUGCUGUUGGUUAUCUGAUAAUUCUGCAAGGAUAGAUCGCUCUUGGAUGUCGAGCGCACUGGCUAUGAGAUCCUCAACAUCUCGCAAGAAAAAUAGGCAUCAUCCAUACUAGUAAAACCUUGCCUCAUUAUAGUUUUUGCAAUAUAUCUUGUUUUUCUUUUUUUCAGAAUUGCUUUCUAAUUAUGAUAUUAGCUUGUUUUACUCCCCGUUUAGUUCAAGAUGUAAAUUGUCACUGGUUAAUGAAAUCAAAGUUGAAAAUUUUACCUCUUUAA